GCGGUUCCAAUGUCUCAGCCUGUAACUCAGCAACCUGAGCCUGUGCAACAGCGCGAAUGGACCACGAAUAUGUUUGGAUGCUGUGAAGACGUACCCAGAUGCUUCCUGGUUGCAUGUUGUGCACCAUGCUACCUGUGUCACAUGUAUAAGUACGAUCAUGAGGCAUGCUUCCUACCUAUAUUUGGUGCGGGUCCGAUCCUCCUUCGUGUCAAGCAUCGAUUCAAACACAAUAUCCGGGGUACUCUACUAAAAGACCUUUGUGCUAGCACAUUUUGUGGGCCGUGUGUCAUGUGUCAACUGAAAGCAGACAUGGAUCAGAUGAAAAAGGAAGGAAGGUAAACCAACCUCUUCGAUUCAUACGCCGUCACAUUGGAGACAAGGCGCGAUGUCAUCAAAGUCUGGAAUCGGUCCACAUUUAACUUACUAAACCAGACGUCGCUAUGAUAUCGUGUUGUGUAUUUUUGUUCAUCGGCUUUUCCCAUUCAACUAAUGCCGAAAUCUGUGCGAAGCGUCUCACUGCAUUUGUCCAUUUGCCUUUCCGCCUGUUCAUUGAGUUCCUGUGUUGAUUUUAGUCAAAUGGAUUGAAAUUGAGCGUUACAGGAGUUGAGCUGUUUAUAAACUAAUAAAGUACUUCGUUC